AAAAAAAAACUCACUUUUUCGUAUUUGCUUCACAAUUUCACAUGUUAUAAAAUCGUGAUUUUGCACUAAAAUCUCUAGUCUUAAAAAGCAGGCGUGUGAACUUACUUAACACUUCCAUUUUCUCUCUCCUCUUUUUUCUCUUCACUUUCUUAAACCUCAAUCCGAUACGCUUUCCUCAAUGUGAAUGUAACUUCUUAACAAAUUCAAUGAACAAAAAAAAUUAUAAACGUAAAAUUGUUUUCCCAUUUAAGGUUUGAUCCUCCAUGCCACUUCUUUGCCCAGUUCGAAGUUGCUGUGAUUUGCAGAGUUUCUGCAAAUAUAAUAAAAAAGAUGAAAAAUUUAGAUGUCUUUUUUUUCGUUCUUGGUUGUGCAAUCAGCUGUUUUUGUAGCGUUUCCGCUGCGUUCAAUCAUCGACAACCUUUCAACCCCAUCAACUCCAUUCUGGGCAAUGAGAAUUUGGGUCCAUUGAAAGAUGGAAUCUUAGGUCAAGCCCAAGCACCGGGGCCUGCAUUUGAUGAGCCUAAGAUACCUUUGAUGUUGGCUGGGAAUCGAACAAAGAGACCUGAUAUACUUCGAAAGUUUAGGAUUUAUCAAGAUGGAUGGGACAUUUCAAAUAAGCAUUACUGGGCUUCUGUUGUUUUUACUGGUGUUGCUGGUUUCAUCAUCACACUCGUAUGGUUGGUUUGUUUUGGUAUAACGCUGGUUGUUCACCAUUGUUUUGGAUGGAGGAUAAGCUUCAAAGGGAAAGGAUCACCGCAUUCCCAAAAGAUUCGUCUUGUGCUGCUAGUACUUUUCUCAUGUGCCUCCAUGGUCGGUUGUAUUCUGUUAUCUGUUGGCCAACUUGAACUUCAUAGUGAAGGCUUGCGGACGUUGAAAUAUGUUGUAAACCAAUCAGACUACACGGCUCAAAUGCUAAGAAAUGCAUCGGACUACUUAUCUCUGGUAAAGUCUGUUGAUGUGCCUCAAUUCAACCUGCCACAGAGUACCAUGCAGGAGAUCGAUGAUCUAAAUUUGCGCUUGAGUUCUGGUGCCGACACAUUAAACGAGAAAACAAAUAAAAAUUCCGUUAAAGUUAGAAGAGUCUUCAAUACCGUACGAUCAGCGUUAAUUACUGUGGCUUCAGUUAUGCUUGUUUUGGCCAUUCUGGGUCUUGUGCUUUCACUCCUUGGGCGCCAAAAUGUGAUUCAUAUAUUCAUUUUCAGUGGAUGGAUACUCGUGGCAGUUACUUUGACUCUUUGUGGAACUUUUAUGAUCUUCAAUUCUGCUAUUUCUGACUCAUGUGUGGCAAUGCAAGAGUGGGUUGAUAAUCCACAAGCCGAGACAGCUCUUAGCAACAUUCUUCCAUGUGAAGAUGAGAGAGCAACCAACAACACACUGUUUGAAAGCACAAAAGUCGUUAGCAUGCUUGUAGACACUGUUAAUACCUUCAUUUACACUUCAGCAAACACGAAUCGGCCACCAUCUGAUCAGUUCUACUACAAUCAAUCUGGACCUUUGAUGCCCCCUCUUUGCUAUCCUUUUGAUAGUAAAAUGCAAGACCGCGAGUGUUCAUCACAAGAGGUGUCCAUGACAAAUGCUUCCACGGUAUGGGCGAAAUACAUAUGCACGACAUCCGUGGAUAAUAAGAAUUGUACAAGCGUUGGGAGGUUGACACCAGAGGUAUAUAUUCAACUAGUGUUGGCAGUAAACGCAAGUUACGCUGUGCUGCAUUACACCCCUGGGAUGCUCAACCUUCAGAACUGCAAUUUCUUGCGGGACACAUUUAUGACAAUUACAAAGAGGUUUUGCCCGAGUUUGGAGCAUAACCUUGUAAUUGUGAUUAUAGGAUUGGGAUUCAUCUCAGCUGGUAUAAUGCUCUGUCUUAUUCUUUGGUUAGUAUAUGCAAACCGCCCCCAAAGGGAGGAAGCGUUUGUGAAAAACCCUUCUAUAAUAGGCACUAUCAACCAGCUGAAUGAAAACAACAAGGAAGGUCGUCUUAAUAUCAGAACUUUUGUAGUAACUUCUCCAGCUAGAGUUGCUCCAGAUAUAGAAAAAUAGUUCGUCUCAGAUUUUACUUUUCCAAUUUAUGCCAGAGAAACCGAGGUGGCGCCAAUUUGAUAUACACCAUCUUGAGUUGAGUGGUAGGAUCUAGGAAAUGUAUGAUUAAUGUAUACCGUUUUGUAAUUAGUAUAAUGCUCCAUAAAUUAUUUAUACACGAUUAGAAAAUAAACUGUCAUUAAUUUAUUAUUGUUUUUAACUAA